AAUUUCCAAAAUUUCAAUAAACGUGUGACGUCCAUCAUCCCGAGUUUUAACUGUGACUCACUUUCACAUGCUAUUACGUCAAUAAUAUAUCACUUAAAGCUCCUCUUAAACUAUUACAUUCUUUUUAUUCCAUAAAAACUAUAAAAAAAAAUAUAACUAAUCCAGCAAUUAGUUAAAUAUUUGAUGAAGAUAUAAACAAUUUAAUUACCUUCGAGACGUACAAUUUUCACAAAAUAAAUUGCAUUAAUUUUUACGUCGAUCUAGCUCAAUGGAUUAAUAAAUUUUGAGAAUUGACUAAGUUAACAAUCUAAUUAUCAGGUAAUUCUAUGAAUAAUUUAGGUUAGGACAGUUAACAUUUACAAAAACGAAAAUAUACCUCAAGAGAAAUGUGACAGUUAUCAAAAAUACUCAUGAUGUAAAACUCGCUUUACACUAUAUCAAGGUCAUUUUGCAAAUACAAUAACCUUAUAUUCUGGAAAUUUCUCUAUACUCGUUCAUUUAAAGUGAAGAUUUCACGUGGUGUAGAUCUGUGAUCUACGUUUAUACUUUUUUAUCAAAAAAGUAUCUUUAGUAAUAAAGUUUAUUAAACAAAUACUAUGGGAGACGUAGAAAAGGGGAAGAAAGUAUUUAAACAAAGAUGUGAACAAUGCCAUACAGUAGAGGCAGGUGGUAAGCACAAAACUGGGCCUAAUCUACAUGGAUUGUUUAAUAGGAAAACUGGUCAAGCUCCUGGUUUUGCUUAUACAGAUGCCAAUAAAUCCAAAGGUAUCACUUGGUGUGAUGAAACAUUAUUUAUUUAUCUAGAAAAUCCCAAAAAAUAUAUUCCCGGUACAAAGAUGGUGUUUGCUGGAUUGAAGAAACAAAGUGAGAGGAAGGAUCUAAUUGCUUACCUAAAAGAAUCCACCAAAUAACACUAGAGUAAUUCAUCUGUUCAAACCAUUGCUUUAAACACCAAAGCAAUUGGUUUUAGGAAAUUGAAAUGGUGUUGCGUGUACCAUCUGAUCUGCGAUAUUAUAAGGACACAUUAGAUUUGCAAUUGAAGAUUCUGAAUUAAAAUAUUUAUAUUUUCGUAUUAAUUUAUUGAUGCACAAUAUGGUUUAUGAAACCUAAAAUAUUGCUAAAUAUUUUCUUAAUAAAUUUUAUAUUAAUAAGUGACAAUGUUUAUAACGAGAUUCAUUUAUAUUUUGCAUUUAUAUUUUGUAGCAUUUAUAAUUCCAGUAUUAUUUAGUCGUAAACUUCACAACAGUUGAAUUGCUAUUUUUAUAAAAUACAACUUGUGUUUUUGUCAAUUUGUGUCCAAAUAAAUUAUUUAUUACUA